AUGGCGGAGGACAAGAAAGUUAGCCCAGUUGGUAUCUGGACUACUGUGAAGCCCUUCAUCAAUGGCGGUGCCUCUGGUAUGCUUGCAACUUGCGUUAUCCAGCCAAUUGACAUGAUCAAGGUGAGGAUUCAACUAGGUCAGGGAUCUGCAGCGAGUGUGACCACGACCAUGUUGAGGAACGAGGGCAUCGGUGCCUUCUACAAUGGAUUAUCUGCUGGUCUGCUGAGGCAAGCAACUUACACCACAGCCCGUCUUGGAUCAUUCAAGUUGCUGACUGCAAAAGCAAGUGAGGCUAACGACGGGAAGCCACUACCGCUGCAUCAGAAGGCUCUAUGUGGUCUGACAGCCGGUGCGAUCGGUGCCUGCGUCGGUAGUCCGGCCGAUUUGGCGCUGAUCAGAAUGCAAGCGGAUAACACUCUGCCGUUAGCUCAGCGCAGGAACUACACCAGCGCCUUCCAUGCGCUUACCCGUAUCAGCGCUGAUGAAGGAGUCUUAGCGCUGUGGAAAGGUUGUGGACCAACUGUGGUCAGAGCAAUGGCUUUGAACAUGGGAAUGCUUGCUUCUUAUGAUCAAAGUGCUGAGUACAUGAGAGAUAAUCUUGGUUUGGGGGAGACAGCUACCGUCGUUGGAGCAAGUGCUGUUUCGGGUUUCUGCGCUGCGGCUUGUAGUUUGCCAUUCGACUUUGUCAAAACACAGAUCCAGAAGAUGCAACCGGACGCUCAGGGUAAAUAUCCAUACACAGGUUCGCUCGACUGUGCCAUGCAGACCUUGAAACAAGGAGGACCUCUGAAAUUCUACACUGGUUUCCCUGUUUACUGCGUCAGGAUCGCUCCUCACGUCAUGAUGACAUGGAUCUUCCUUAACCAGAUUACUAAGUUUCAGAAGACCAUUGGGCUGUGA